CACGGAAGUUCCCAAAGUCACAUUUUAACCUGUACCCACCGGCAAAAUGCCCUGUGUGCCGCCUGCUGUAUCUCUUACCGGGGAAGCCCGGGGAUUCACGGAUUCCUGAUUAGACGGUGUUAAAAACCAGGUUUGCUGUCACCUUCCAACACAGGGAGGACCUCUGGCUAGUACCUUAACCAUGGCACUUGCUGCUGUGUCUGCUGCUUACCAAGUGCUCAGAGGGACUACUGGAAUUUUCACUAGUCAGUCGACAUCACUGCUGUCGAGGGCCCGUGCUUUGUAUGCCUGUUCCCUGAAUAGAAGGAAAAUGACUUCAAAGAGGAAAACAGAUCACUUGGAGAGAACGGCAAAUAAAUUUAGACAAGAAAUUAUUUCUCCUGCAAAUGUCUGUGGGAUCACUGAUGAAUCUGCGACUGUGAAGAGGGUACGACUUGCUGUUGCCAACAGUGAAUUUUCAUUUAAAGCUGGGCAAUGGGUAGAUUUAUUUAUACCUGGAUUAUCAACAGUAGGAGGAUUUUCAAUCUGUUCAAGUCCUGGUCUUUUGGAAAAAGAAGGCAUUUUAGAAUUGGCUGUUAAAUAUAACCUGCAUCCACCUGCACAUUGGAUUCACACAGAGUGUUCUUUAGGCUCAGAAGUGGCUCUGCGAGUAGGAGGGGACUUCUACUUCGACCCACAACCCUCAGAUUCUCCUGUGGAUUUAGUCUUAAUAGCUGGUGGAGUAGGAAUCAAUCCUCUUUUUUCUAUACUACUGCAUGUAGCGGAUCUUCAUGAAAUACGGCAAUCAACAGGACAGGGAUUCCAAAUGGGCAAUGUAAAACUGCAUUACACUGCGAAAAACACCAGUGAACUUCUAUUCAAGAAAAACAUUCUCAGUUUGGUAAACAACUUUCCUGGAAGGAUUUUGUGCAAUUUUCAUGUCACACAGCAGAGUUCCCCGAUUUGUUCAGAGCUCCAGCCAUAUAUCACUGAGGGUAGAAUUUCUGAAAAUGAUCUAGCCAAAUGUAUAUCCAGUGAUCAUCUGUGCUACAUCUGUGGGCCACCACCAAUGAUCGAAUCCAUGUGUAAACAACUGGAAGGCCUCCAUAUACCAAGAGAACAGAUUUACUUUGAAAAGUGGUGGUAGAUUGGACUGUGUUUAAAAAAACAAACAAACAAAAAAAGCCCACCUUUUAUCCGUUAUUAUGCACAAGUUCAAGCUCCA